UGCAGUGCCCGCUGGGUGUUUUCUGCAAUCUUUCCAAAAUACGUCCUCAGGGCGUUUAAAAUGAAAAAAAGUGACUGGAAUCCAUCCUCUUGUCCUCACAGUCUGGAAUACGAACUCAACAUUUGAGAGGCUAAGAGGACGGAUUCCGGAACAUGCUCAGUAGUGUUUACACUAGCAAAAAGAUCCGACCUCUUAUCCUUUUGAUCCGGAAUAUUUGUGCCAGCGUAAACGCACCUAGUGAUUACCCUGUUACGAGUUGCGCACACAGCGCUACCCUGUGUGAGCUACACUGUGGGAGCCUUUGUUUUGCAGCAAUACCCCUCUCGAUUCGCGAGGUGCAUUGUGAAAUCUGAAACGCCACGUCACUUCGGAGCCAGCCUAGGCAGAUCACGAAUGUUCCUUAGUUUGAACGUACUUGGUUGUAUUUGUUUCCUGUUCUUAAAUACUAUUGCUAUUUAAAAUCAAGCUAGAAGUAUCUCACAUUCAAUUCGCAGGAAAACACCAGUCAGAGAUGCAGACCAACGAUGGCAGGACGGGAAACGCGGAUCUCGGAAAGGCCCUGUGCAUCAUCACCGGAGCAUCCAAAGGCUUUGGCAGGAGCUUAGCCCAGCUUGCCAGCACCCUCCUGCGGCCCGGCUCUGUGAUGGUGCUGGUCGCGAGAUCGGGGGACAAGCUGCGGGAGGUGCAGUCUGAAAUCUCAGGCACUAUCCCAGCCAAAGACGGUUUAGAAAUUAGAUGUGUGGAAGCGGACCUCGGGAGAAAAGAAGGGCUGCAGGAGGUAGUGAGAGUGGUGUCUGGAAUCGAACCGCAAGCCAUCGACCACGUCCUUCUCAUCAACAACGCAUCUGCACUAGGAGAUGUCUCCCGUUUCGCUGCAGAUUUCACGUGCCUUGCCGAGGUGGACUCCUACCUUUCCUUCAACGUGAGCUCUAUGCUGUGCCUCACUGCCUCUGUGCUGAAGGCGUUUCCACGGCGAGACGGGCUGAGGCGCAGCAUGGUCAAUGUGAGCUCUCUGUGUGCUCUCCAGCCCUUCAAGUCCUGGUCUCUGUACUGCAUGGGCAAGGCUGCCCGGGAGAUGCUUUUCAGAGUGCUGGCAGAGGAAGAGCCUGACGUGAGAGUGUUGAACUACGCACCAGGUCCUCUCGAUACAGACAUGCAGCUGGAGGCUCGCUCACUCUCUGGAGACCUGGAGUUGCGGCAGACCUUCAACAGCUUGCAUGCCAGCGGCCAGCUGCUCUCCUGCUCCCAGUCCGCCACCAAACUGAUGCAGCAGCUACUGAGAGACGAGUUCGAGUCAGGAGCCCACAUAGACUACUACGAUGUGUAGAGCCCAGUCUGACAGGAGUGCACGUGCGGGCCAGGCCUCUGGACUGACCUGCAUAUCCUAACAGGUUUUCAUUUUGUGAAUCUAUUGAAAAGUACAAGAAAGUGAGAGUGUGUACCUCAGUCAUAACCUGGACACCCCUGCCUACCUGCCAGCCUGCCUUCCUGCUAUUCAGUCCUGGGCAUCUCUCUAGCAGGGAUAGCCAGUUGUGCCUUGUUAUUGGAUAAAGGCAUCUGCCAAAUAAACAAAUAAUAAUAUUGGGGCUAAUGGGAAUUGAGUUUAGUUGCACUGGCACUGAAAUACAGUUAGCACAAAUUCGAAUGUUUGCUGAGUUCACUAACAGGGGGUGUCUAUCAUCCCUCUGCUGUUUGUAAGCAGUACUCACUUUUUUUAAGGGGAAGUUUUUAUGUGCAAAAUCUACAUUCCAUUAAAUACAAAAAUAAAAAAAAUCCUUAGCAGCCUCAGUUUCCAUUUCUAAGGAGAUAUUGAAUAAAAUGUGUUUUAAAUGAAGCGCACAUAGAAAACAUUUACGUUUUUUCUUCCCUAAUUCAGUGAUGCAAGUUUGAUUUAUUAUUGCCAUACAACAGGAAAUACCGUCAGUCUAAAGCAGCGCUGAAUUAUUUUGACUGAAUGAACACCUCUGAUCUUUUAAAGCAAACCCUUAAAAGGAAUGUGUUUAUUCAGGUCCAGUGAUAAGUCUAAUAGGUGUGUCCAGUUAUCAGGUAUGCCUACACACAAAAAAACUAAACACUAAGAAACAGAACCCUGUGUCUGGAAAUGUUUCAUUUGUUUUCAGGUGGGGUGUGUAGGUACCGAGCACAGUGAAAAUGUCUUUGCUGUGUAUGGUGGAAUAAACCAAGCCCUGUUUCUGUUUCCCUGCUCACUGUUGUACUGCUCUGUAUCAUGUCUAAGUCAUGCAUUGUUGUAAUGUGCCUUUCCCUGAUGUAAAGAGAUGAUUUUAUCUGAGACACAAUCUAAUAUAAAUGUUUUUAAUAAAAUGCAUUCUCAUCA